UGUCCCGCGCAGGCUCGGGCUGGGCCCGCGGAGCCCCCGGCACGGCCAUGAACCGACCCCUGUCGGCGGAGGCGGAGGAGGAACUGGAGUGGCAAGUGGCAAGCCGCAGGAGGAAGGCCUGGGCCAAGUGCCGCAACUCCUGGCAAGCGUCGGAGACGGAGGAUCUGUCCACUGAGGCGACGACGCAGGACGAGGACGAGGACGACGAGGAGGACCUCCCGGACGCAAAGCUGCCCGCGGCCGCGGGGCGAGGAAACGUGCCCAACGAGAAGAUCGCGAUAUGGCUCAAAGACUGCCGCACCCCUUUAGGAGCCUCGCUGGAUGAGCAAAGUGGAGGUGCACCGAAGGGUGUGCUUGUGAGAAAUGGAGGCAGCUUCGAAGAUGACUUGUCACUGGGAGCGGAAGCCAAUCACCUACAUGAACCUGAUGCUCGAGUUGAAAACUGCAACAGUGUCUUGGCCAAAGAGAGAAGACUUCAGUUUCAUCAGAAAGGGAGAAGUAUGAAUUCUACUGGGUCUGGGAAAAGCAGUGGUACAGUGUCAAGUGUUUCAGAACUGCUGGAGCUCUAUGAGGAAGACCCUGAAGAAAUUCUAUAUAAUCUUGGAUUCGGACGAGAUGAACCAGAUAUUGCAUCUAAAAUUCCUUCCAGAUUUUUUAAUUCAUCAUCCUUUGCCAGAGGCAUAGACAUUAAAGUAUUUUUGAGUGCCCAAAUGCAACGGAUGGAAGUAGAAAACCCAAAUUAUGCCCUAACAAGCCGUUUUCGUCAAAUUGAAGUGCUUACUACUGUGGCCAACGCGUUUUCUUCUUUAUAUUCCCAAGUCUCUGGGACUCCCCUGCAGAGAAUUGGAAGCAUGUCCUCAGUGGCCUCCACCAAAGAGGCGGCAGACCCCCCUCCUCCUCUCACUCGAAGCAACACUGCAAACCGUCUGAUGAAAACACUAUCAAAACUAAACUUAUGUGUUGAUAAAACGGAGAAAGGAGAAGCGAGCCCCUCCCCUGCUGCUGAGAAAGGAAGGAGUCUAAGUGUCUCACUGUCCGAAGACAGUGGAAAGACUGAUCCUAAGCUUCCAAAAGCUAUAAAGAAGAAGGAGUCGUCCCCCAUGCUGGCUACUGUCACAGAAGAAGUCUCGGGUAGUGCGUCUACCAUCGCAGACAGCGCUGAUGCCGACAGGCUUCCUGAUGAAGCAGAUCGUGACGCUAGCCAGAAAAUGGGAAGUGAACAAAGCAAAGAAUCCCAAAGUCAGGACAAUAAACUGCUCUGGACGUCUGUUGUCACCGAUUCUGACUCAGGUGGUGAUGCCCAUGUGCCCAGGGCCUGUGAGCUGGAGAGCAGCAGUGAGCUGAGAAACUCGCAUACGUGCACGAGUGAGAAGGAGCCCUGUGCGCCCCUGACAAUCCCGUCCAUCAGAAACAUAAUGGCACAGCAGAAAGACUCCUUUGAGAUGGAAGAGGUUCAGAGCACAGAGGGAGAAGCACCUCACGUGCCAGCCACGUGCCAGCUAAGCCUUGCCAAGUCAAAAAGAGAUCACCUGUUGCGAACUGCAAGUCAACAUUCUGAUAGCAGCGGCUUUGCUGAGGAUUCCACAGACUGCCUCCCCCUCAGUCACCUGCAGGUUCACGAAUCCCUGCAAGCCAUGGGAAGUAGUGCUGACAGCUGUGACAGUGAGACAACUGUCACAUCAUUUGGUGAAGACCACGUGACUCCUACAGUACAAGACCAGCCUUAUUUUAAUGAGUCAGAAGAGGAGUCUCUUGCCCCUCCUCAGAAAGGAAGAGCAAAGGCGGCAGUAGCAGCUGACAAAAGAAAGGCAGACAGCCAAGAUUUCCCUCAGUGUGAGACUGAAGAGGAUCCCGGAAACAAAGAGUCCAUGAGGGGUCCAGUUGACCCUGGUCCUCAGAUCACUGAAAUGGAGGAAGAGGAGGAGGAGGAGAAGGAAGAGGAGGAGGGGGCAGCGGCAUCUCCAGCACCCACUGGAGAGCUGCAGAGAGAAGGGAGUGGAGACAGUGAUGUGGAGAAAAGCAGUGACUGUGAAUUUGCCCAGUACACCACGCACCAUAUUCUCAAGUCCUUGGCUUCCAUUGAACCUCAGCGUAGCGGUAUGAGCUCUGAAAAGAAAACUGAGUUUCCCUCUUCUGUGGACAGAGUGAAUACUGCCUUACAAAGAGCUCAAAUGAAGGUUUGCAGUAUGUCUGGACAGAGAGUAGGGCGUAGCCUAAUAAAAUCCAAGGAUCUGCUGAAACAAAGGUACUUGCUUGCAAAAGCUGGCUAUCCUCUAAGAAGGUCUCAGUCCUUGCCCACCACCUUGCUGAGCCCAGUAAGGGUUGUGUCUUCUGUCAACGUGCGGCUGUCUCCAGGGAAAGAGACCAGGUGCAGCCCGCCUUCCUUCACCUACAAGUACACACCUGAAGAGGAACAAGAACUGGAAAAGCAAGUGACUGAACAUGAGGGUCAAUCUCUGGUUAAGUCCACCAUCUUCAUCCCACCAUCCUCUGUGAAGAAAGAAGAGGCCCCUCAGAGUGAGGGGACACGGCUGGAGGAGUGCCACCAUGGAAGGCUUGCCGCUUGCCCACAGUUUGCUCCCAUGUCCCAGUCCACCUGUUCCCUUCACUCGAUCCACUCUGAAUGGCCAGACAGGCCUCUGUGUGAGCACAUGAGAACUCUGAGUGCUCACAGUGUCCCCAACCUCCCAGGUGCGGCCUGUAGUGCCCUCUCUUCUCCUUUUGGGUGUCCCUACUCACAUAGGCACCCUGGCCACCCGUACAGGCCGUGCCCCGCGAAUCCCCCUUCUGCCAUCGAGAUGCAGCUGCGAAGAGUGUUGCAUGAUAUCAGAAGCUCACUACAGAAUCUUUCACAGUACCCUAUGAUGAGAGGACCUGAUCUUGCUGCUGCUCCAUACAGUGCUCAGAAGUCGUCUAUUCUACCUCUUUAUGAAAACGCCUUUCAGGAGCUUCAGGUGGUGCGACGGAGCCUCAAUCUGUUCAGAACGCAGAUGAUGGACUUGGAGUUGGCCAUGCUGCGGCAGCAAACCGUGGUGUACCCUCAUAUGACAGAGGAGGACAGGUAUGAGGUCGAUCAGCUGCAGGGUCUGCGGAACUCAGUGCGCAUGGAGCUGCAGGAGCUGGAGAUGCAGCUGGAGGAGCGCCUGCUGGGGCUGGACGAGCAGCUGCGUGCGGUGCGCGUGCCUUCGCCUUUCCGCCCCUCUGUGCUCCAGGGGAUGUGUGGCAGUCGGAGUGCCGAUAACUUGUCAUGCCCAUCACCACUGAAUGUCAUGGAACCGGUCACAGAACUAAUGCGGGAGCAGUCGUACCUGAAGUCUGAGCUAGGCCUGGGCCUUGGAGACAUGGGGUUUGAAAUUCCUGCUGGAGAGAGCUCGGAGUCCGUUUUCUCACAGGCCACAUCAGAGUCAUCCUCCGUCUGUUCCAGCCCCUCCCACACCCACAGAAGAUCCAGAGCGCCUGCUGGGAGCAGACCUAGAGCCCGCUUAGUAGCCAGAAAGAAGGUCUUCCGGGCCUCCGUGGCCUUGACACCAACUGCCCCCUCUAGAACAGGCUCUGUGCAGACGCCUCCAGAUCUGGAGAGUUCUGAGGACGCUGGAACAGCUGAAGAAGCUUCACAGGCUGUGGGACUUACGUCUCACAUGGAGGAAGAGCCAGAGGAUUGCCCACUGAUGCCAGCAGCCGAGGAAGUGCACCGCAGUGUGGAGCAAGAUGAGUUUCAGCAAGUCAUACGGGAGAUUAAAGAGUCUAUUGUUGGAGAAAUUAGACGAGAAAUUGUAAGUGGACUAUUGGCAGCAGUGUCUUCAAGUAAAGCAUCUGCCUCCAAGCAGGACAGUCACUGAGGGCCUUACUGGGGCAGGAAUGGACCCACUAGCUGUAACGCUAGU